AUGACUCAAGGUCCGCUUGGACAAGCUUUCACUUUAUCUGCUUUUUUGAACAAACCCAAAUCUUUUCCCAUUUCAUCACUUUCUCUGCUUUCAUUUUUUCUUUCUCUCUCCCUUCUCUUUCAAUCUGUCGUGUCUUCUUCCUCUCCCUCAACCUUCCCCUCUUUGUCUCUUUCUUCUUCUUUCUCUCUCCAAGUCUUCUUUCUCUCUCAGUGCGACAUCUUCUACUUUCUGCUUUCUUCCUCUUCAUUUCCCCUUUUCUUCAUCAUCUUCUUCAUUUCCCAAAACGAAACCGACACGGUUAUUAGAUCUGUGGUGGCAACAACAGGUUACCGGCGAUUAGUGUGGUGGUGGUGGUGUAAACGGGUUUCUGCCGACGAGUGUGGUGGUGGCCGAAAUCAGAAAGAGAUGAAUGGUUGGAGCAGCUGUUGCAGAACAAUCCAUUGUACAUAUAGAACUUCGUCCAUUACUCGCUUGGUGUGGUUGAUGACUGAGGUGUGUUUGCUAUGCGAUAAUGCUCAUUUCAAUUUGGGGUUUUUUGGUUACUUUGUUUUAUUUAUAGUUUUGACUUGAUUAUAUAGUUUUGAAAAAUGGUUUAUUAUUAACA